GUGGUUUAUCACGACCUGAACAGGGAAUGUUCCAGAACCAGAGACCAGGGGCUGCCAGGAAGGCCAAAUUGCUAUGUGACAAGAUCAAUACAAAUGUUCUUACUUUGGACAACAUGUUAGCAAAUGGAAAAUCUGAAGUCGCUAACAUAAUUCACAGAUUAAACAACAGAAAUAAGGAAAUUCCCAAUACACUAUGGGCAAAGCUGAUCCUAGAACGGCUGUCAAAAAUGGACUGCAUCAAACGGGGUUGGAUCCUAGUGGGUUUCCCAAAAACUAGAGAACAGGCACUUGCAUUACAAGAAAUGGGAAUUGCGCCAGAACAUGUUGUUAUACUUGAUGCCCCUGAUACCGUGUUAAUUGAGAGAAAUCUUGAGAAAAGGAUUGACAUGACUACAGGAGAAAUAUAUCAUACAACCUUCAAUUGGCCAUCCUCCAGCAAAAUACAAAAGCGCCUAGUGAAACCUGAUGGAACUUCAGAGGAAGAAACUGCAAAGAGAUUAUUGGAAUACCGCAGAGUGAUUCAUGGGAUACUGAAUAGCUACAGUAAAAAAUACCAUAUUAUUAAUGCGGAUCAGCCCAGUGUUGAUGUCUUUUCCCAGACUUUAAGCCAUGUCCAAAGCCGACAUCGAUCCAAUGCCCCCUACACACCAAGAAUUAUUCUUCUUGGUCCCCCUGGCAGUGGUAGGAGCCUGCAGGCAGCACUGAUUGCUGAAAAAUACAGGAUUGUUAACGUUUCCUGUGGACAGUUACUGAAGGAGCCUGUCGCUGCUGAGACAAGAUUCGGUGAAGCCAUUAAACCCUAUGUUGAAAGUAGGCAGCCAGUUCCAGAUGUUAUCGUCUUAAAAUGUAUGACGCAACGUCUGAGUAAACUGGACUGUCCCACUCGGGGCUGGGUAAUGCAUGGAUUCCCUCAAGAUCUGGGACAGGCUGAAAUGCUAAAUGAUGCAGGAUUUAUUCCAAACAGGGUGUUUUUCCUGGAUGUUCCUGAUGAUGCUGUCAUUGAGCGUCUCACAAUGAGGAUGACUGAUCCAAUUACAGGUGAAAGAUAUCAUUCCAUAUACAAACCAGCACCAACUAGUGAGGUUUACAGUCGCUGCAAAAUAAAUCCCAAGGAUGCUGAAGAAAAUGUGGAAAAAGCACUUGAAGUUUAUCAUGCCAAUGUGAGUGAGUUGGAGCAAUUCUACAGCCCUGCAAUCCAUGUCAAUGCAGACCAGGAUCCUUACACUGUGUUUGAAUACAUCGAGAGCUGUGUUGUCAAGCCACUGUCAAAAAACCCAAAUGCCUUUGUUUGAGUGAUAUUGUAGCUAAGAAACUAUGAUGUCUUUCCUACAGUUUAGAUUCUGAAUACUUAAAUCCUAUUAAUAGUCAUUUAUUUAACAGUAAAUUUACUUCUUAAUUUCUCCUAAAUACAUACGGUUUCCAAUAUUCUGUCAGAUCUUGCCUUAUAACAUCUCCAUAUGUGUGCUAACCAGUGGAAAUUAUAUUAGAGAAAGAGGUUGAUUUUUAUACAAAUCUCUGUCAAACAACUUGGGUAGAAAAAAUAGCUUAUGCAUCUUCUUGAUCUGAGGUUGUAGACAGAACAACGAUAUUAUCUACAAGACUAUGGAGCUGAUAUACCUUAUCCUAUGAUUGUAAUGGUCUUCUAAUCAUUCUGAGUGUUGGACCCAACUAAAUGAAUCUUUGAGAAAACAUUCUUUGAUGAUGCAAGGUCUUCCAGGUCCAUAUAUGUAAUCAGUUAGCUCUUUAUCAGGUAGGCAAUAAAGCUUAUUAUUAAACUAGGCACAGUCAAAGCUGAUCCUGUGCCAGAAAGUCUGUGGUUUUCACACUCAAGAUUAAACAGCUUCCAAUUUAUGGAUGACACUAAGAGUAAAUAAAAUUGCCAAUAAUUACUUGUUUCAGUUGUCAUUACUUACCUUGUUUAUUGUAACCUUCUUGCGUCAUGUGCAUAUGAAAUGUACAGUAUAAGCACUAUUGUUCUAAGAUCAGGGGAGAGACUAAUUCAUACAAUUGCUAACUAAAUUGUGGCGGAUAUAGUGAGAACAGCUAAUGACAAACUACAUAUGCAAGGUAUGAUGUACAACAAAUAAAAUGGUAGAUGUUUACCUGUGGUGAGAAUACUCAAGCCCCCUCCCUUUACGGAAG